UUUAAAAAAUUAAAUCUUUGUCCUUCUAUUGUUUUCUAUUUCCAUUUCACACUCUCUUGCCACCACUACACUCCACAUCUCAAUGUACUACUACACUUUCAUACUUCCAUAACUAGCACCUGCUAUAACAUUAACACCUCUCUCUCUCUCUCUCUCUGAAAAACUCUGCAAAUUUCUUGUGGGGCUAAACGAAAAAAAUCCUAUUUUUAUCAUCACUAUAAUCUGCAACUUCACUAGCUUCAUUACAAACCAACUAAAAAAGUUUAAAGCUUGAAGGGUGCCCAGAAAUUAUUACAGUGAAAAGAUGAAGUGGGCAUGUUUGAAAUGAACUCAGAAUCAUUUUAAGCAACAAAUGAGUUUGAUUUUGUGUUGGUUGGUGAAUGGGGUGCAUGGUGUCUCAGUUAGCUUCAAAGUUUGCUUUUUUUCCGCCUUCACCGCCAACUUAUCAGCUCAAAACCCGUGACGACGGUAAGCUCACGGUGGUUUCCACGGCGUCUCCGAUUCCUCAUCCUGAUGAUAACUCAUUGGAUGUUCUUCUUGUUGACACAAAACAUGGAAAUAAGAUAGUUGCUUUUUAUCUUAAGAACCCUUAUGCACGGUUAACUCUGCUUUACUCUCAUGGCAAUGCUGCUGAUUUGGGUCAACUUUAUGAUCUCUUUGUUCAACUCAAAGUUAAUCUUAGAGUUAAUCUCAUGGGAUAUGACUACUCUGGAUAUGGAGCCUCUACCGGAAAGCCAAGUGAAUCCAGCACAUAUGCUGACAUAGAGGCGAUAUACGAAUGCCUUGAAACCGAAUAUGGUGUUGGUCAGGAAGACGUGAUCUUAUACGGGCAAUCAGUUGGAAGUGGACCGACAUUGCAUCUGGCAGCUAAAUUACCUAGGCUGAGAGGCGUGGUUCUACACAGCGGCAUUCUUUCUGGUCUCCGAGUUCUCUGUCAUGUGAAAUUCUCUUUUUGCUUUGACAUUUAUAAGAAUAUCAACAAAAUAAAGAAGGUCAAGUGUCCUGUACUAGUAAUACAUGGUACAGAAGACGACGUGGUCAAUUGGUUACAUGGUAACCGAUUAUGGAAAAUGGCAAGCGAGUCGUACGAACCAUUGUGGAUUAAAGGAGGCGGUCACUGCAACUUGGAGCUUUACCCUGAUUACAUACGCCACCUAUGCAAAUAUAUCCAAGAAAUGGAGAACAUGACAACCGAAAAGCGCCUCAAAAAAAUCCGACAAAAUCUGGACUCACAAUCAAAAUCAAACGCCUGUUCCGCAUGUACAUGCCGCGGAAUUAAGUGUUGCUGUAGCUUCAAAUGCAAGUUACCUAAAUGCUCUGGCUGCUGCAGCUGCAUAAAUUUCUCCUUGUCUAUCAACUGUCCUGAUUGUUGCUGUAAACCAAGCUGCUUCAAGUGUUGUCGCUUACCGAAGUUAACAAAUUGUUUCGGGCCAUCAUGCUGCACAGUAUGCUCAAGGCCUAGUUGCUGUUGUCCAAAAUGUUCAUUGCCUUGUUGUUAUCCUAAGUGUGGAAGACCAAGUUGUUGCAUGAGUUGUUUCUGUUGGCAAUGUUUUAUGGGAAAACACAAUGGAAGAAAUGGAAAACAAAGAGGCUAAUGGCUAUAACAUGCAAAUGUAUAGAUUGGCCAGUCUUUGUGCUAACACACACUUUUGAAUUGUGAAGUGGUGUUACAAAGAGGAGGAGGUGGUGGAUUAUAGUUGUAGGGAAGUGAUAUAUAUAUGAUGAAAUCAUGUAUCCUCUAUCCUUUUUUUUUUUGGGUUAUUUAGAGUUUCUGAAGUUUUAUUGGAAUUUUUUUACUCAUAAUCAUAAACAUUGGUGUUUAAAUUAACUUUUAAAGUAGUUGAAUUGUUUGUAUCUUUCA